AUGCCGUAUAUACUCGCACCGACCAUGCGUUCUCUGAGUCCAGAUCAAGACACUACCGAUGAGGAUAACGGUAAAAGGUUAUGGUCGUAUAAUCUCGACAAUUUGUUGAGACAAAAAGGCCUCAAGCAAUAUAUCAGAUCCAUCUACAGAUGCAUUGCGUCCAAAAUUGGAUACGGUAUUCCUCUAAGUAAAAGGCUCCAGAUCUACAUCAACAAGGCCCAGGAAAACCCUGAUCAAAAGGUGGCACUACUUAUUCAGCUAGUCGAAGGUAGCACUUUGGAAGCGGAAAAUCUUCUUCCGAUGAUUCAGCCGUUGCAGCAACUACGGUUUAGACAUCACAUACACGGCUUUCUGUCCACAAAAGAUGAAACACAAAUGUUUGAACUUUUGAAUGCAGGCGAUAAGCUUGUCGAAUCCGUUGCCGAAGUCCAUGAUAAGGUACUUGCGGAGCUUAUCGGUGGAGUGCACCUACGCCGCGACCAAGUUACUCAGAUGAGACGGCUUUGGUUGGACGUUGAGCUAAGAGUGGAGGAAUUCUUGACUGAGAAGUAUCUGCUUCUCGCGAAAUUUAAGGGAGUGACUAUUAUCUCUAGUCAAGUACACCCGUUGGUGAAGAUACUUUUCCUUACUAUUUUAGCUUGUCUCAUCAUUUCGCUCGGCUUUAUGAUCAUUCCCACGGCCCGUGAAGCGAUGCUUGACGGUGGGGAAGGCUGGGUCGUUUAA